AUGGCGACUCUGCUAAGACUCGACACAGCCACGGCUUUCCUUGCUUUCAACGUUCUCCGAGCGGAUACGGUGUUGAGCCACCGGUUUUCUUCUGCUAGUCGCAGGAGAAUCACAGUCUCCGCCAGAACUAAACCGUCGCCAUUCUAUUCCGCGGCGGUUAACUCUGACACCCGUCGGAGUUUCUACUCUGCCUCUGCUUCUGCUUCUGAUUCCUCGUUGGCGGUUCUGGAGACCGAAGUAGAUUCCUUCAUCGAUGUUGUUUCCACUGACAAUCUCCCAGACAAUCGAAUUCCGGCCACUAUAAUCACCGGGUUCCUGGGUUCCGGCAAGACGACAUUGCUAAACCAUAUAUUGACGGGAGAUCAUGGGAAACGCAUAGCCGUGAUUGAGAAUGAGUUUGGGGAAGCCGACAUUGAUGGAUCGCUUGUGGCAGCUAAAACUGCGGGAGCAGAGGAUAUCAUAUUGCUCAACAAUGGAUGUCUGUGUUGUACAGUCAGGGGUGAUCUUGUGAGGAUGAUUUCUGAAUUGGUCAAGACGAAGAAAGGAAGGUUCGACCAUAUCGUCAUUGAGACCACAGGAUUGGCGAAUCCAGCUCCGAUUAUUCAAACUUUUUAUGCUGAGGAUGAAAUUUUCGAUGAUGUUAAACUUGACGGGGUUGUCACUUUGGUUGAUGCUAAACAUGCUCGUUUGCAUCUAGAUGAGGUCAAACCCGAAGGUUAUGUGAAUGAGGCGGUUGAACAAAUAGCUUACGCAGAUCGUAUCAUUGUUAACAAGACUGAUCUUGUUGGUGAGUCAGAACUAGGUUCAGUGAUGCAGCGGAUAAAGACCAUAAACAGCAUGGCUCACAUGAAGCGGACAGAGUAUGGGAAAGUUGACUUGGAUUAUGUUCUUGGAAUUGGAGGUUUUGAUCUAGAAAGAAUUGAGAGCUCUGUGAAUGAAGAAGAGAAGAAAGAUCAUGAUGAUCAUCACCAUGACCAUGAGCAUGACCAUGGUCAUGACUGCCAUGAUCACCAUAACGAGCAUGAUCAUAAACACGAGCAUCAGCAUUCUCAUGAUCACACCCAUGACCCUGGUGUUGCUUCAGUCAGUAUAGUUUGCGAAGGAGACUUGGACCUCGAGAAGGCUAACAUGUGGCUAGGGGCGCUACUGUACCAGCGUAGUGAGGAUAUCUACAGAAUGAAAGGUAUCCUCUCUGUCCAAGACAUGGACGAGAGAUUCGUGUUUCAGGGAGUUCAUGAAAUAUUUGAAGGAUCACCAGACCGGUUAUGGAGAAAAGAUGAGACAAGAACCAACAAGAUCGUUUUCAUCGGCAAGAAUUUGAACCGGGAGGAGUUAGAGAUGGGUUUCAGAGCUUGCUUGAUUUGA